GAGAUGCUGCGGAAAUUUCUUGUUAAAAACCGGAUUGAAGAAAGCAUAUUUGAAUCAUUUCAACGUCCGGGAAAUUUUCCAAUUAAAUGUGAUUUGCAGUCUUUAUCGUAUUAUGAUUCAAAUUUCCUUUUUGUAUAGCACUUUCAAUUGAAAAAAAAAAUCCCACUUUACACCUUAUUGCGCAAACAUUACUGUGCUAAAUGUAUGUAAUUUAUAUAUUAACAUGUAGAUGUGUAGCUAUUUUCAAAUUUGUAAAACUAUUUUGACUUUUACAAAGCAAAGGAUGCGGUUUACGUCAUUUCCGGCAACUUCCUCUGUUUUUGAUCUGGUGCUAAAGCUGCUAGCAGCACGGCACCGAACAAAUGUUUUAUUUUUCCUGUUUUAUCAGCAGACAAUUAUUAACACGCGUCCUCUCCGCUCUUGGUCUCAGUGAGCCGGCAGACGCAUGUCGCGGAUCAGGACCACACUAGACAGCGUCACCAAAGCGGUCGGAAGCACGGAUCUCAUCUCCAAGUUCUCGCGCCUCAAGCCCGGCUCAUCCGUGGCGGACGGCGCCCACGCGGAAAAGGUCCUGGUCCGAGCCGAGAGGGUCGCGUCGAAGGAGCGGGAGGCUCCGCUCCCUCCCGGAGCCGCCGUAGGAGAUGCGGAUGGUGGAAAAGGUGGAUCGGAAGAUGACCAAAAAGGAGAACCAGUUUCAGAAAAUCCCUUUGUUGCCACCAAGAAUCCUGAGGCGUCUGCACCCGUCUCAUCCUUCAAUCAAACGCCGCAGGUCUACCACCCAACCAACAUGGACGAGACCUACAAGACUUUAGCUCAGCACAUCAACAGUUACUUUGGCAUGGGCACCACGCAGGGGGGAGGAGGCGAUUGCAACCCCCGGCCCGACAGUAACAUAAUCCCUCGCAAAAGUCCAGACCGCAUUCCAGUUUUGUCUCCAGCGGCAGCGUCCGAGAGCGUCGAUACACCUGCUUCCUCUCAUCCAUCGGUAGACCUCAGUCCCCCUGAAGCGAAAGCACCACCUGACACUCCUGCAACAGAAAGCACCACUGCGGCUGUCCCGGUUCUGACCGCCUCCCCGAAAAAAGGCUUCACGCACUACCUAUCCUACCCUCGUCCAAGCGUUCAAGCUUUUGUCGGAAACUACAUCGCUCCGUUGGUGCCCAAAUUCCGAGGGGACGCCCAAAGCGUUGAGAGGGACAAACUCCCCGCUGAAAAUGGAGCGGAGGCUUCCGUGGAGAAGAUUGAAAGCGAAGAUCAUGUUGAUGAGAGCAAGCAGCAGCUUUUGGCUCAAAGGGAGAAGAUAAUAGCCAGGGUGAGCGUUGACAACAGGACCAGAGCCCUUGUGAAAGGCCUCCACAGGGUCAACGACGUCCAGCUGCUCACCAGUCGAGUGGAGGAACUCAGCUGCCACCUGCUGGAGUUCCCGGAGACGCGCGGCGUGGCCGUCAAGGAAAAAGCUAUACCAUGCCUGCUCCGUUUACGUCAGGCCACGGACCUCCGCCUUCAGGCCGCCGUGAGAGAGUCACUGGCUCUGGUCGGCUACACGGAACCGGUAAAAGGGAGAGGAAUCCGGGUCCUGGCUAUAGAUGGGGGAGGGACAAGAGGACUUCUGGCCCUGCAGACUCUCCUCAAACUGGAGAACCUGACUGGAAAACGAGUCCACCAGCUGUUUGACUACAUCUGCGGCGUCAGCACAGGUGCCAUCCUGGCUUUCAUGCUGGGGAUUUUUCAGAUCCCCUUAGAAGAAUGCGAGCAGAUGUACAGGAAGUUGGGCUCGGACGUCUUCAAGCAGAACGUCAUCGUCGGUGCCGUCAAGAUGGGCUGGAGCCACGCUUUCUACGACAGUGAAAUUUGGGAAAGCAUCCUCAAGGAACGGAUGGGCGAGGGGUGCAUGAUAGAAAGUUCCAGAGAUCCAAACUGUCCCAAAGUGUCGGCAGUGAGCACUCUGGUGAACAGAGGCCUGCCCCUGAAGGCCUUCGUGUUCAGGAACUACAGACUCCUGCCAGGGGUGAGGUCGCACUACCUCGGAGACUGCAAGUACAAGAUGUGGCAAGCCAUCAGGGCGUCGUCGGCGGCGCCGGGCUACUUCCCGGAAUACGUCCUCGGGAAAGAUCUCCAUCAGGACGGAGGCCUCCUGAUCAACAACCCCACGGCGCUGGCCAUCCACGAGUGCAAGUGCCUCUGGCCCAACACGCCGCUGCAGUGCGUGCUGUCGCUUGGCACCGGGCGGCACGAGGUGGCGGGCAAAAACGGGACCACCUACACCAGCCUCAAAGACAAGCUCACCAACGUCAUCAGCAGUGCCACAGAUACGGAAGAGGUGCACACCAUGUUGGACGCCCUCCUCCCGCCAGACGCUUACUUCCGCUUCAACCCUUAUUUGAGCGAGGACGUGCCGCUGAACGAGAGCCGCGUGGACAAGCUGAACUUCCUGAUGGGCGAGGGCGAGCGCUACCUGGAGCGCAACGACGCCAAGCUCCGUAAGGCCGCCGGCGUGCUGAGUCAGGAGAAGGGCGCCAUCCAGAGACUGGCCGAGUGGGCCAAACUUAAGGCCGAGAUGUAUGAGGGGCCCCCCUUCACAUCCAAACUGUAGCUAGUCAGGUAAGGUAAAUAGUUCCUUUAAGAGUAAAUUGUGCCUUUCAUUUACUGUAAUUCCCGGCCUAUAAACCGGGACUUUUUUCCACACGCUUUCAACCCUGCAGUUUAUGUGGCGAUGCAGCUAAUUUGUGCAUUUUUUCUAACGGUCCCAAGGGGGCACUCGAGCGGAAACAGUUAGAGUGAGACUGGUGGAAUAGAUGUGCCGAGGAAGUUACUUUUAUCCGUCCGGCCCUGUUAGCGCAGUGGAGCUAGCGUUAGCGCGGCGGCACUAGUGUUUAGCGUGGCAGUGCUAGCGUUAGCAGUCGCACGGCACCGCGAGCAUUAAUUUAUUUUUUUUAUUUUAACCGGCCCUGUUAGCGUAGCAUUGGUGUUCGUGCGGCGCUAGCCUUAGCGUGGCGGCACUAACGUUGGCGCGGCGGCGCUAGCGUGAAACUCUCUGUUGAACGCAGUGUCUUGCAGCGGGAGCUUUUGUAACAGUUCCUUGAGAACUUCUUAUAUUUAGCUCUAUCUAGCCGCGUUUAUUUUCGAUUAGGAAAAUAACGUUUGCGCUCGCGCCCCACCUUGCUUAACAACAACUCUUUCUUCACCGAACCGGAAACCGGAAACAACAGGUGAGCAAUACAAGUACAGUAACAGGAUAAUACUGCCCUCUGUAGGGCACAAUGAGUAAGGGCGCCCGUAACAAUAACAUUAAACACUCUCUGUGAGACCGUCUUACUUUGUAAAUAUUUUGUGUUUCAAUGUGGGCACUUGCGGCUUUUGCACAGCCGCGGCAUAUGUAUGUACCAAAUGGUAUUUCCUUUACAAAUUUACCGGGUGAGAUUUAUAACCAGGUGCGCUCCGUAGGCCGGGAAUUACGGUCGUUGGCACCUGGACACGCUGCAAAUGAAUUGCCAUAUGAUGUUUACAUUCUUUCGCAAUGAUCUACUUGAAAAUCUAUUUGAACAUGGACAAUAUGACAAGUAGUGGCAUGCAUUGACCUUCCGUUUUUCCACAUUUAUGAUGAGACGUGUGUAGCUGGAAGCUGCAAUCGCUCUGUGUUGCGAACGUGUUCUGAUCAAUUUAGAGUUUUAUAAACCUGUAAAUGUUUGAUGAGUGACUAACAUGUAACUAUGUGUUAUUAUUGCACAUUAAGAACAUCUCUUUAAUUUUUUUCAUUUUCAACAUCGCACAGAAAAGAAAAUGACCUCACGUACUUGGGAAUUGUUCUUUUCUCAGUGAUGGAUGAUGUGCUGUUGAUUUAAAUCAUACUUGCACUUUUAGGGUUUUUCAUAUUUUGUGGUCAUAUGAACCAUUUCAUCAUGUUAAAUAUAAUCCCAAGUUUUACGUAAAAAGCACAUUUUUUACCGUCUGCGCGUCAUGAAGCAUCGUUUGCGUUCAGAAACCUGCAAAAAUGUGCUCAUUUAAGAUAAACGUGAGGCUGCUUUUGUGCAAAUUUUGUUGAUUUUGAACUAUGAAUGCAGAGUUUUAAAUCUUGCACUGGAGGAGACUUUUUUUUUUUUUUUUUUUUUUUUUUUAAAUAAGACUGAAUUGCUCAAUUGUGCAUGAUUUCACAACCCUUCGAUCCACUGUCAAACCUCACUGAAUAAUUAAAAAAAAAAAAAAAAUUCAUAACCUGUGGAACUCCAGUUCAGUCAUUCUGGACUUGUUGCUCUUUUUCUCACCAUGUCAACAAGUUUAUAUGCCAAGAUGCUUUGAUGCCAAAGAUGCCGUAAGAACUAUAUCCAAAACAAACUACAAACACAUUAAAAUUCAUACUCCACAAAUAAAUGACA